AUUUUGCAUAUGUUUAUUUAUAUAUAUAUUUUUUUUUGGAAUUAUUAUUUAUUAAUCCUAUUCCUACCAAAAGUAUACAUACUCAUAAAAUAACCAACCACAAAAAUAAUAAAUACAACAAAACUCAGAUACAAUUAUAAAUCUUUCUACGAGCGUUUCUCUUCAAUCGAACAAGGUUUUGCACUUUAGGAAUUCAGGAGCCAAAGAGCAGUAAUGAGAUUUAAGAAAGGAGAUAAAGUGGAAGUGUUGAGCCAGAAGGAGGUUCCCUCUGGCUCCUGGCGUUGUGCAGAGAUAAUUUGUGGUAAUGGCCAUAACUACACAGUUAGAUACGAUGGGUAUUCUUGUGCCAAUGACAAGAAGUUCUUGGAUAGAGUUUCCAGGAAGUCCAUCAGGCCUUGCCCUCCUCUGCUGGAAGUUUCGGAGUUUUGGGUUCCCGGUGAUGUAGUAGAGGUGUUUGAUAAUUUUUCUUGGAAAAUGGCAACAAUUUCAAAGGUUUUGGGGAAAAAGUACUUUUUGGUCAGGCUUCUUGGAUCUUCUCUGGAAUUCAAACUCAAGGAAUUUGACAUACGGGUGAGACAAUCUUGGCAAGAUGACAAAUGGGCUGUGAUUGGGGAGGGCUCUGGCAGUAGGGAAGAUGUGAAACACGAUAGAAGUUUAACAUUGUACUGUCAAACUUCAAGCUAUCGAGUGAAGAACGCAAAGAUUAGGAUGAAUUUACAUGUAAACAAUGAUUGCUUUCCUGUUAAGAACAGUGUGAAUGUCCACGAAUCCCAUAUUGCUUCAUCUAAAACUCUGAAGAGAGGAUCUCCUCUUUGCCAUUCUCAGGCUGAAGGAUACACUGGAGCUGCCGAGAAGUUAAGAAGAAUUGACAAGGAUGGCAGGUUGCAUCCAGUGAUUGCUGCAAAUCCAUCUUCAUUACCUGAGCAGGUAGAAGCUGUUGCUUUCCCAAGAGAAAUGAUGGGUGAAAUAUACAUCCAUCCUUCUUUUAAUGAUGGAACAACAGGGGUUUCUGAAGUUGAAGCAGAAAGGAGAAAAUCAACUGGAGCUGUUGGAUGUUCUCUAGCAGUAAACUUAGAUUCAAGUGAUGCUCAUAGUGUUACAUGCUCUGUUGGUAGUUGUAGUAUCGAUAGCAACAAUUCCUAUAAGUUGCCUCAUCAUGUUUCUGCAGGUCCUAUUGAAGAUAGCGAUGGUAAUUUUAGUGAUGCUGAAUCUUUUUGCCAGUUGAGACAUGAGGAAGGAAAUUGUCUCCUUCCCACAAAAGAGGAACUGGCAGCCGAAAUCCAUAGGUUAGAAUUGCAUGCCUACAGAUCCACUAUGGAGGCAUUGCAUGCAUCAGGUCCAUUAAGUUGGGAACAAGAAGCAUUGGUGACAAAUCUUCGUCUUUCACUUCAUAUAUCAAAUGAUGAACAUUUAAUGCAGAUAAGAAACUUAGUUUCUGCUGAUAACAGCAUUCCCAUUAGAUGACUGGAUAAUCUGGGUUUUAUUUUUCAAAUUAUUUUUUGCUAGCUGUAGAAUUUCAUAAAUUUUUUCUUUGAUGCCCCUCUGUUGUAAGAAGCAUGAUAAAAAAAAAAAAAAAAGUUGUUUAUCAAUCAUUCCUUUUUGGCAUUAUGACAUAUAGUGGUCUAGUUUGAAACAAUGUAACCCAAACAUUGCAAUUAAUAUUUCUAAGCUCAUCCUUGUGCAUCUUUUUUGCUCUUUUAUUUCAUCCUUAGUCAGAAUCGUCCCUCUUAUUCUCCUAUAUUCUUUUCAAUUUUUUAAUUGUUAAUGAAUUAGUUUAUUUAUAUAUUUUUGUGUGUGUACUGUUGCAUAUAAUGAACAAUUGGGAUAUAUCAAGGCUGAAAUUUCUGAUAUUGUAGUUUUGAGUUUUAUUUGAAGAGAAGCAUUGGUCAGAUGUAUUCUUUACCAUGUGAAUCUUCUUCCAACACUUGAACCCUGGUCUUUAUUAAGGGUGUUAUCAUUUUACUAAAGGCUGGUGAAUAAUAUGUUUAUGACUUUCUCUAA